AUGGCGACCACGGCCAAAACCUCAAACUCGGGCAUCGUGACCGACGACAGCGGCCAGCGGCACAUCCCCGAAUCGACGCGCGCCGAUGGCAGCACGCGCAAGGCCAUUAAGAUCCGACCCGGCUACCGCCCGCCUGAGGACGUGGAGCUGUACAAGAACCGCACCGCCGAGGCAUUUCGCAACCGAGGCAAGGGCGGCGGCAUUCCCGGCGCCGAGGGGCUCAAGGAAGACGAUAGUAAAGAGGCAACCUCGUCUGCCGCAUCCGCCGCCAGCCUUAAGAAUGCAAAGCGGCGCGAGGCGAGGAAAAAGGCCAAAGCCGCCGAGGAGGAGGCGGCGGCGGCGGCGGCGGGCAAGACGGAGGAGCCCGCCGCUGCCGCUGCCAAUGGGGACGCCAAGCCUGUCGCAGAAGCUGUAGAUCCCGAGGUUGAGAAGGAGAAGAAGAUUAGAAACCUGAAGAAAAAACUCAAGCAGGCGAAGGAGCUGGAGCAGAAGAAGGAAGGUGGUGGUAGCUUGCUGCCAGAGCAGAUCGCCAAGGUCAUCAAGAUCAACGAGCUGAUUAGGGAGCUUCAGUCACUUGGAAUCGAUACCGAGGACAGCAAGAAGGAGAACGGCCAGGGUGAGGUUGGGGAGAGCAAGGACUGA